CAACAAAUGAGCAUUCACCCAGUAGAGAGAGAAACGGCAUUAAUAAGAGGAACAGGGGGGAGAGAGGACAGCUACUAAGUUCUCUAUAUAUAUACAGAGGGGUCUAGAGAGAGAGAGAGUGAAGAAGGGAGAGAAGAUGGGUUCUGAGGAGGCGGGUGGUGAGUUCUAUGUGAGGUAUUAUGUGGGUCACAAGGGGAAGUUUGGGCAUGAGUUUCUGGAAUUCGAGUUCAGGCCUGAUGGGAAGCUCAGAUAUGCAAACAACUCCAACUACAAAAACGAUACUAUGAUCAGAAAGGAAGUCUUUGUCACUCCCGCUGUCAUAAGAGAAUGCCGCCGCAUCAUAGCGGAGAGCGAGAUAAUGAAGGAAGAUGACAAUAACUGGCCAGAGCCCGAUCGCGUGGGUCGGCAAGAGCUUGAGAUUGUGAUGGGAAAUGAGCACAUCUCAUUUACAACCUCCAAGAUUGGCUCUCUUAUGGACGUUCAAAGCAGCAAAGACCCGGAAGGCCUCCGAAUCUUCUAUUACCUCGUCCAGGAUCUCAAGUGCUUUGUAUUCUCUCUCAUCGCGUUGCAUUUCAAGAUCAAGCCUAUCUAGACGUAAAGACUGGCCCUCAGCAGAUUUUGAUGUAUUGUGUCCAUGGGGAAUUCUAGUAUUGAGAUUGCAAACGUUAUCUGGCGUUCAAAGUUAUAGUUUUGUCGCAUGAAGUAAUAUGAUACUGGUUCAUAGAUUUAGAGCCAUUUGGCUUUCAUUUGAGUUCUUUUGAUUGAAUUGUGUAGUUCUUUUUUCUCCUUUUCUUUUCUUUUGACAACAAUUGGGAUUGUGUGGUUCUUGUUCCCGGAAGUUCAAUUUGUAGUGGGUUCAGAGGCCUCUUUUUU